UGAUAAAUUAAAUGAACCCUUACAAUCGCCAUUUAUCUGUAAAAUGCCUAUUAGCGGUGAUAAAAGUAAUCCAGCAGGUGCAUAGAUAGCAUGUUUGAGUUGUUGACUACUUGAGUAAGACAAAUUUGUAAAAAGAACAAAAACAAAAUGGAUCCUGUUUUAAGAGAAUUUGAGGAGACCAGUACGGAUGCUGACUUUAGUCCUGGUUUAAUACAAUUAAAUCUUAAUAUAAUGACUGCUCUCGAUAUGCAUGUGAUUCAAGAUGCAAAGCAAAACAUAGAAACGCUUUUAAGAAAAGAACAUCCCAUUGUUGAAAACGUUCAUAAAAAUAUCAUUGCUAUUCUGAAGACUAAAAUACCGAGAGAACGACAGGAAGGUAGAGUUGAUCUUGAAAACAUUCUGCAGAAUUCCCCCAGAAAUUUAAACGUAUUAGCCGAUUUGGAGUAUCUUUACAAGGAGCUAGAUCGAUCCAAAGAUGCUGAGGUUUGCAAACAAACAAUUCGUGAAAUAAUGUCAGGAACCGCAAAGAAUGACAUUCAUUGCCAGCAAAUAUGUUUGCUAGAACAAGGAUAUGCAAUAUUGAUAGAGCGAACACUAAUCAACCAAAGUACAGUGGAAUUGAGGAUAGCCGAUUUACAUAAAAUUCUUAGCACAGAACUUGAAAGAAGUCAGGGAAGGAGAAAAGAGUGUUUCGACAGAGGACUUCAUCACCAAAUGCAGGUCCUACGUAAUGUCCGAAUUGCAAACGAAGACGAGGUACAGGACGGACAUCUAGUUCGAAAAGGGUCUAGUCUUCAAAAAUUUAAAUUAGCUGAGACAUUGGAUGCAUCUUUACCAAACAUACUAUGGCAUUACUACUAUGCAAAAGCAUUAAAUCAGUAUCAUGAUUCUUUGGAAACCGUUCUCAAAUAUAAUUAUCCUAUAAAAGAAGCAAUGACGCAAUGUAAAAAACACAAAGACGAAUUGGAACAGGUUUCAAAAGAUGACUUAACAGACGAAAUGAAAAACAUCACAUUGAAAGCAGUUGAAAAAUAUUGGAUGAUUUCUCAAACUCAAAUUAACGGUGAUGUCUUAUUAAGAACAUUUGUUGCAAGGUCUUAUGCUUACAUCGGACAAAUAUUGAUAAAACGUAUACGUAGGGAUAUGGUGUUAUCUUCCAAACACUCUUUUGUCUUAAAUUCGAAUACAAUCUUCAAACGUUUAACAGAUAACCCACUUACGUCUGCAGAACUUGCUUAUGAGCUUAAACCAGAUGAUGUUACUGUUUUAACUAGAUAUGGAAGGGCUCUUUGGAAUAAAUCAGUGUCUGUUAAUGACACCAAGGAAAAACAAGUAUUACUUCAAAAAGCGGAUGAAAUUCUUACACGUUCAACUGAUACAAAUGACACUGGAAAUUGGUUUGCAUUCUCAACUAGAAUGAUUGUGAGAAAACAAAUGUCCGAAAUUCUCGGUAAAACAAAUAAUGACUUAGCUGAAAAAUAUUUGCAGAAGGCGAAAGAAGACGGCGAAGUCAUGUUCAAAUCUCAAAAUACACGAAAAGAUAUAACCCUUUUAGCUGAAAUUUGUCAGAAACUUGCAAAGUUUCCCGACUCUUAUAAGUACGGACCUAACUAUGUACACAAACGUGGUCAUUUACAUCAAGCUUUAGACUAUCUUUUCUACGCGUCUUAUUUAGGGGAUCGUCCUGAUUUUCACUUUGCUAAUAGAAAAGCUUCAUGUCUUUUCGACCUUGGUGAAUAUGCUCGUGCCAUUGAAUGGCAGAGUAAAGCUUGGUUGCUUUCAUCACCUUCAACCCAGAAGUCGUUUAACUUAAUUUGCAGUUAUAUGGUGUCAAUGUUCGAGGAUGAUAUGCAAAUACCGUUUGAUCAGCUCAAAAGAGAAUUUUUGUACGCUCUUGUAUAUGGCAAAACAAAAUACCAGAAUAUAACAUGGAGCAUUGAAAACCUGUAUAAGAAAAACCAGAACGGACUUCUGAAACUGCUUACAGCAAUUAUCGCUGACACGAAAACAACACUACGGGCGACAGAACAGGACAUUCUUACCGAAUGCUUAAAAAUUUGGACAAAUAUUGCAGACACAUAUUAUUUAGGAGAGUAUUCAACAUUAAAAAUAGUUUUGAAUGAUGUAAUACCACGACAAGAAAAUGAGUAUGUACUCUCAGAAAUAUUUAAUCAAACAUCUUUGAAACCUGUAACUGCAGGUAGAAAGGCAUGCUCCAGAGAUUACGAGUAUGAUUUUUUCAUAUCUCACAGUCAUAAAGAUGAAGACUGGGUGACAAACAUUCUACUCCGAUAUUUGGAGAGCCAGUUUGAUGAGCAAGACGUAGCAUUUAAAGGUUGCAUUGCCGACAGAGAUUUUAUACCAGGUACUUCUAUACUGGAUAAUAUCAUUGGUGCUAUCAAGAAAAGUAACAAAGUCCUCCUUAUUCUAACGGAUCACUUUGUGUCUAGUAAUUGGUGUCAGUACGAGGCAGAUCGAGCCGUAAUAAAAUCAUUAAAUUUAGAUUCAAAAGACAUUAAUUGCGUUAUACCAAUUGUUUUAGAAGAGUGUACUAUACCUGAUAAAAUAGACCAUCUAAACUUCAUAGAUAUGACAAUAAAAAGGGAUUUCGUGCAGGAAAUGAUGAGAUUAAAGAAAGUUUUGUUGCCAGAGGAUAAAUGAAACAUACAAACAUAGAAAUGUAUAUUUGUUUACUCAAUAACUGAUCAGAACUUAUCAUUAUGAUAUGCCAUGAAAUAACUAAUGUUUUGUUAUAGUCAAAUUAUGUUUGUUUAAACUCUUAAAAUUCUUUGAUUUUUUUUUUUGUCGUUAAUAUUCAACUGUACAAUGAAUGAAAACUUUUAUUAACAAUUAAUCAAAUAAAGAAGUGUGUAUACAAUUGAGUUAAUUCUUUCUGUUGAAUAUAAUCUUUUUCUGGUUUUUUAUCUCCACGAAAAUAAAACGGAACCAUAAUAUCUAUUGCUUUUUUCAGUUUCAGUGAUACGUGUAUCCUUCCGUUUUUGUCUUCGGUACUUAUAACAUAGAGAGCCUAUUGAUUACGACAUAAAUUUCACUGUUACUAAAAGAAGGGUGUGAUAUAAUAACUUGACUGAACCCUGCCAGAUUUAAAUGACAUUUAUACAGUGGAAAGAUACUGGGGGGAAAAUGCCCAUUUGGUGUUUCUUUUACUAAACAAAAGUUUAUAAAAGAAAAUGGUUACCGGAUUGUUACAUGAGUUUACCUUGCUUGAUUGCAAUGACACCUGUUACUGGGUACAUUCAUUUUAAAGAAACAAAUUCCUUUCGUUCCAUGCAUAUGAAUUCAUAUUUUAAGGUAUGAAAAGUGAUCAAUCUUGAAAUAUCAUAUCUACA